AUAGGAGAGAGGGACACGUGUUGACGAGUGGAAAGUGUGGGCAUAACAGGACGCGGAGAAGGAAACCAUGAUAGGAAAAGUAAAAGAGGAUUCUGGAAAACACGUUUGUUUAGAGAGAAGAAUCUGAAGGGUUACCUGGGAGACAUCAUUAUAUCUUGCAGCGUUGGUUUCAAGGUAGGAGAGAUUAAGAAGCUGCACGACGAUACAAAGGAAGAAAAAGAUUAAGAGAAGAAGAUUAUGUGUUUAGUGUUUGUGUGUGGAGAGGACGAGAAGGUGUUGUCGAGGCAGCCAGCACCUGGUGCAUGUCCUUACUGCGGAGGGAUGAUCCAAGCCAUGGACGUGGAGACCCAAUGGAAUUUCUGUUUUCUGCCUUUAUACUGUAAGACCAAACGCAGGUAUUACUGCACCAUCUGCACCAGACCACUCGUCCUCCAAUAAGACAUAUAUAUACAUAAUAGACCAUUUUAUUAUGUAUUUGUAAGGAUUUUAUUUUCUAUCUACUUUAGGGUUUGGCACUAGAUAAUAUGUGAUCUUUUUGUAUCCAUGUAUAUUAUUUUUCCUGUAGAAUAUUUGAACCUGAUGAGAUGGCUUAAGGGUCUCUGAAAUCUAAGUUUUUCUGUACUCUCGUAGGUGACUUUUACUUUCACUCACAGUUCUUCCAAGUUCUGCAAUUUUCUACUUUCUUGAUCAUUAAUUAAUUGUGGGAUAGUUCUUUACA